AUGGACUCUCUGGACGAACUGAAGAACAUGUACGGAGAAAUGCUUCCGUCGUUGAGCACUGCCUCCAACACGCCCAUGGGCUCGGAGACUGGCCCUCCCAACAAGAGACCGGCGGUGGCAUCAACGCGACAAGCCAAUGCCAGCAAGAAGCAAGGCGGCCAGAAAGGAUCGAAGGGUCGAGGCAAGGGCAGAGACAGGCCACAGCAACAAGGGGACCGUUGGAGCUUCGAGGACACCUCGGCCCAGGACCCCGCGGCAAAAGCCAUGCUCAAACUGAUGCUGAGGCACGAGCAGCAACUCAUGCGGCUCAACCAAGACACAACUCUACUUUUUACGUUCCAAAACAAGCCGGGCGAGAAGGAGAACAUCCUUCCGGUGCUAUCUCAGGUGAGCCAGGCAUGGAAGGAGAAAAUGGAGUCCAGCGAGAAGCCUACGAUGUCACUUCGAGUGACUGUACUUCAAUCUAUAUGCGCGGAGUUGCUGGAUCGCAGCAAGAAGGUCAUGGAGCAGGACAAGUUCAAGGAAGUGGUCAUGAAGCAGGGUUGGAUAUCCGCCGAGGGCAACUGGAACUUCCUGAAGUGGAACUCGACUACGGAAUCCCUGGAGGUCGUGACGGGACAUGGGAUCCUACAAGCGGAGCUCGAGCAGCUUGUUCAGACCAUCAGCAAGAGCUGCGUGCAUCAGGGCGCUCUCUAUCGGAUGCAAGCAACGAGACGAUUGGCAGCCGAGCUGACUGGGCAUCAGCUCACGUUCGUGGCAGAAGUCGGUCUGCGACAACCGGGAGCUCACAGCUUACACCAAGCCCUGCUACGCUUGCAAGGGGUGGCGGCGCUGCAGCUUCUAGGACUCCGAAUCCACCAGCCGCGCAUGCAGAUAUUCCCCUUGGCGGAAUCACUUGGCCAAUGCCUCCGAUGA